GUGCUUAUUACACUACGCGGUAUUCAGACAGUCUUACUAAGACUGUCUUAAAAUCUAACUAGACAAGCUCGCUAUUACACUGUGCUGAAUAUCGCAUGCUAACUCAUUUGCAAGGCGUACGUAGUCGGUGACGGUUGUCGCGCGAUGGGAAAACUUUCAAAGCACCAGAAAAUCGCCAUAGCUCUUGCCGCAUCUAUUAAUUUAAAUACAAAAAAGAAAAGAAAAAUAUGGGUGAAAGAGUAUUUACUUUUACGAGAAAAAUUAUCAAAUAUGCAAAUACUGAGUGUUCUGGAACCAUGUGACUUAAGAAACUACCUUAGAGUAGGAGUUGCCGAGUUUGAAUGUCUUUUGAAAUUAGUUACUCCGUAUAUUCAAAAAGAAGAUACGAUUCUUAGACAAAGUGUCAGUGCUAAACAAAGAUUGGUAGUUACUUUAAGAUUCCUGGCAACGGGCAACUCCUAUCAAGACCUAAGGUUCAGCUCUUUGAUAUCGCAACCUCUUUUAUCGUCAAUUAUACCAGAAACAUGCCGGGCUAUCUACAAAUGCUUAAAACAUUUGAUCAAGAUACCUGAAAAUGAGACAGAAUGGACAGAAAUUGCUGAGGAAUUCGAAACAAAAUGGAAUUUCAGUCACUGUAUUGGAUCAUGUGAUGGGAAGCAUAUCGCCAUCGAAAAACCCCCCGGAAGUGGCUCUUUGUUCUAUAAUUAUAAGGGAUUCUUCAGUAUAGUGCUGUUUGCUGUUGUAAACGCUAACUACGAAUUCAUGUAUAUACACACAGGCACCAAUGGAUCCGUUGCAGAUGGAGCAAUUUUAAAAUGUACAAAAUUUUAUAAGAAAAUGAUGAACAAUUCUUUAAAUUUGCCAUCUCCAUCUCCACUACCAGGCACAAACGAAAUUGUACCAUACGUGUUUCUGGGGGAUAGUGCAUUCGCAUUAAAUAAAAAUUUAAUGAAACCGUUUCCUUUUAAAAAUAUUAAUCGUUCACAAAGGAUUUUUAAUUAUCGAUUAUCGCGAGCCAGAAGAGUGGUUGAAAAUGCCUUUGGCAUAUUAAGUUCCCGUUUCAGAAUACUGCGUAGACCACUUGAUCUAGAUCUGGACAAUGUGGAUGCUGUAGUGUUGGCAUGUUGCGCUCUGCAUAACUUUCUGAGGAAACGAGUACCAACUUAUAUAUCUCAUUCUAAUAUUGACUCAGAAAAUAUAAGACUGGGUACGUUUCGCGAAGGAGAUUGGAGACAAACCUCUGCACCCUUAGUUUCAUUACAGCGUUCAUCAAAUAGGCAGCGUAAUGAAGAUGGCAACAUUGUUCGCAAUAAAUUCAUGGACUAUUUCAAUUCUGUUGGACGUGUUAGUUUCCAAGACCGAAUGAUUGAUGUUGUACCACCAUAAUAUUUGUUGUACCUACCAUUUUAUCUGAUUAAAUAAUGCUUAGUAAAAAAUAAAAUACAGGUUGUUUCAUAAUAUCCUAAAAAAUGAAAGGGGUCAAUGUACUGCACUUAUGUACCUACGAACAACUUUUACCAUCCAACUUCGAAAUCACGAAAAAAAACAGCUGUUCCAUACAUAUCGGGUGAUUGGUCUUGAAUUUUGAAUAUUUCUAUGAAACCUGUUUUUUAUUCGUGAUUUCGAAGUUGGUAUAAUGAAUUGAAUACAAUUUACC